AUGAAAAGCAGUUUUUGCCUCCUUUUUGCGUGCACCUGCUCCUUCUUUCUGUUGCAUCUGCAGGGAGGUGCAUGUUCUGAGGGCGAGCAGAAGCUCUUCUCCGUCAUCUUCUCCAAGUACAACCAGUACAUUCGACCGGUGCAGAACGUGUCCGACCCAGUCAUUGUGCAGUUCGAGGUGUCCAUGUCCCAGUUGGUCAAAGUGGAUGAAGUCAACCAGAUCAUGGAGACCAACCUGUGGCUGAGACAUAUCUGGAAUGACUACAAGCUCAAGUGGAACCCAAAAGAUUUCGGAGGCGUCGAGUUUAUUCGGGUGCCGUCCAACAGGAUAUGGAAGCCUGACAUAGUGCUGUACAAUAAUGCAGUCGGCGACUUCCAGGUUGACGACAAGACGAAGGCUCUGCUCCGGUACAACGGCGAGAUCACGUGGAUCCCUCCCGCCAUCUUCAAGAGCUCGUGCAAGAUCGAUGUCACCUACUUCCCCUUCGACUACCAGAACUGCACCAUGAAGUUCGGCUCCUGGACCUAUGACAAGGCCAAGAUCGACCUGGUGCUGAUCGGCUCCACCAUCAACCUCAAAGACUUCUGGGAGAGCGGCGAGUGGAUGAUCAUCGACGCCCCUGGCUACAAGCACGACAUCAAGUACAAUUGCUGCGAGGAGAUCUACACGGACAUCACAUACUCGUUAUACAUCCGUCGCCUGCCGCUCUUCUACACCAUCAACAUGAUCAUUCCCUGCCUGCUCAUCUCCUUCCUCACUGUGCUCGUCUUCUACCUGCCGUCCGACUGCGGCGAGAAGGUCACGCUGUGCAUCUCCGUGCUGCUCUCCCUGACCGUAUUCCUUCUGGUCAUCACCGAGACCAUCCCCUCCACCUCACUGGUCAUCCCGCUCAUCGGCGAGUACCUCCUUUUCACCAUGAUUUUCGUCACCCUUUCCAUCGUCAUCACCGUAUUCGUGCUGAACGUCCACUACCGCACGCCUAAGACGCACACCAUGCCGCAGUGGGUGCGCGGCGUCUUUCUGGGGCUGCUGCCCAAAGUCAUGUUCAUGACCCGACCGGAGAGGGACCCGGAGAAGACGAGGGAGACCGUUGAGAUGAUCCACCCGAGACAGUACGGCGGUCACGCCUCGGGCUCCCACCACAAGGCUCAGGCUCUGGCCUCCAGCGUGGUGUCCAGUCUGACCAACCGUCAGAGGCUCCCAAAUAAAACGGAGCUCUCCAAUCUCAACAACUUGAACACAAGCAAACUGACCAAAAGCACCGGAUUGGGCUCGCUGUGCCGUGAGGGACACUGCAACAGCUGUUGGCAUCAGAGGUCCGGGAAACUGCCAGCGGACUCCAGAGGCGGCGGCGGCUUCGCCAGCCUAGGGGUUCUGACUGGAGGCGGCGUGCCCGAAGCGGGGAGUCAAUGCUCCAGCUCGGAGUCUCUGGAUGCAGGAGUCCUUUCUCUGCUGCCAUUCUCCCCUGAGGUCAGGGAGGCCAUCGAGAGCGUCAAAUACAUCGCUGAAAAUAUGAGAAUGCAGAAUGAGACAAAGGAGGUUCAGGACGAUUGGAAAUAUGUCGCCAUGGUGAUCGAUCGCAUUUUCCUGUGGGUUUUCAUCCUGGUGUGCAUCCUAGGAACCGCUGGCCUUUUCAUUCAGCCUCUUCUACUCGGGGAAGAUAUAUGA